CGGAUUGCCUACAAACAGACUCAUUACCCGUCAGUUACCAUUGUCAAUUAUAAGACAAAAACUCCCACGGCUUAUAAAGGUUCUACCGUACGCGUACGCACGCAGAGCGCGUUCAAACUCAUCCGCAAUACUAGUGCCGAGUGUUGGAAACCUAUUCUAAUAUGGCUUGCAUUAUGUAUGUGAUAGUGAUGCUGAUUAUAUCAGUUACAGUGGUGACAUCGGAAAAUAAGGAAAAAUAUUUUAGGAAUAUAUCUCCUACAGUGAAGGAUAAAAGUGAAUUAAACAAUGAUUUGAAAACCGAAGCCAGUUCUUAUUCGCAUCAGUAUUCGGACUGGGGCGGAAGCAAUCCUGGUGGCUACGGAUUUUCAGUAACAGGUUAUGGAACAAUAGAUGAUAAAUACAGUAACAACCUCGCCUCUAAAGGAUUCGAUGGUUAUGACAACUCGCUCAAAGAUUAUAGUUAUGUCGGUCAUAACAACUUGGGUUACAAUGAACUAAAUGGUUUUGGGGGUAAUGAAGGUUAUGGUGCAUAUAAGGGGUAUGGAGGCAAUAUCCCAAACGGAUAUAACUCCAAUAAAUUCGUUCCCGGCGGAUAUAGGCAAAGUGGAUAUGUUCCAAAUGAAUUUGGUCCUAGUGGUUACUCUUCGCCGGGGUAUGGCCCCAGUGGAUAUGAAGGUAGCGCAUACGCAGGUAAUGGAGGAUACGGAGGCUUCGGGGGCAAUGGUGGCUUAGCCUCUUACAGCGGCUAUAACAAUCCUAAUUAUCAAGGCGGUGGUCACCUUGGAUACGGAUAUUAUAAUAAAAAAGGCGGUUUCGGUAAUAUUUACAGCAGUGGUGUAACACCUAGCUUGGUAACCGGCUAUAGAGGUUACACGCGGAGAUAAUAUAAAAGAGAUAACGAUUGACACAAAAA